CAGGACACAGCACACGCCUGAGAACUUUCAGAGCAAGAGCAAACUUCAGCCAUGGCCGAAAGACGCAUUCCCUUCAGCUUCAUGCACAGCUCACCCUGGGACCCUUUCCGCGACUGGUACCAGGGCAGCCGGCUCUUCGAUCAAACCUUCGGGAUGCCACCCUUCUCCGAGGAGAUGCCCACUUUCCCGAGCACGCACUGGCCCGGAUACAUUCGGCCCUUCGGACAUCCCGACAUGCCCUCCUUAAUGCAGAGCCCAGCGAUGGCUCAGAUGCCCAUGUCGCCCCCCGCGGUGAUGGUGCCUCCAAACUACGGACGGGCCCUUUCCCGACAGCUCAGCACGGGAAUGUCUGAGAUAAAACAGACGCAGGACGCCUGGAAGAUCAGCCUGGAUGUCAAUCACUUCGCCCCAGAGGAGCUGUCGGUGAAGACCAAAGAUGGGGUGGUGGAGAUCACCGGCAAACACGAGGAGAGGAAGGAUGAACACGGCUUCGUGUCCAGAUGUUUCACCAGGAAAUACACUCUGCCCCCUGGUGUCGACUCUGAGAAGAUCACCUCCUGUCUGUCUCCUGAGGGCGUCCUGACCAUCGAAGCUCCUCUGCCCAAACCUGCAAUCCAGGGCUCUGAAAUCAACAUCCCUGUUAACACAGGCAGCAGCACAGCGGCCGUCAGCGCCACGAAGAAACCCUGAGCACUACAACACACACACACACACACACACAACAAUUUUUUCAGCAUGAAAGUCUUGCUACUUCUGGUCUAUGUAAACUGCAGGUAGGAGAGGAUGGAUUGCCAUACUGCAUUCCCAUCUCAUUUUUUUAUGUCUUUCUUUUUCAUCUUUGUCACUCUUUCUUCUCCUCCUCUCUUCUACUUGUAGUAAAUCAACAACAAUCUCUUGAAAACAUGCUCAUAUUUCACCCCCAAAUCCAAGUAAACAUUAAAAAACAAUAUUUCUGAUUAAGAAUAUUAAGCCUGUUUUAUGACCAAUAAUAUAUUUUCAUGACAAUUAACCAUUUUACCCCAAAUACUUAUUAUAAUGGGAAAAUAUUAUUUAUUUAUAUUUUAAAUAGAGUAUUGAUAUUUAACUAUAUGCAUCUUUUUAAUUGUUUAGAAAAACCCAUUUUUAUCAUUACAAUAAUGAGAAUGAGAUUUUUUUUGCACUAUACAGUAAUGCGAGAAUCGAAAAUAAUGUCACAAUUUAAAUGCUCCUAAAGUAUGAUUGGUCUUUAUACUAGAUAGAUUUUUUCUCUUUUGAUUUUGAGAUGAAUUAUGAGCAAGUCAUUUCUUCACAUAACUACGGUUUUACUAUAUAUGCUGGUUUUGCUUCAGUUUUAACACCUUUUUUGAACCACUAGCAAACAUACGCAGUCAGGCACAAUAAAAACAAUGUUUGUUUGUCAUUAUGUUUCCAUCAAAAGUUGCUUAUGUCACCUGGUCCAUGUUAGUUAAUGUUAACCAGUAGUCAAAUACUGUAGCGAUUUUGACUACUGUUGUAGGUAUUGCAGCCUUUUUAAAACCAAUCUGACUCUCAUUUACAAAUGAGGAAAAAAAAUUCACUUUGGCUUUAUCAUACUGCCGGGAGAGUAGCAACAUGGUUUCCUGACAUCAGUCUUCAGAUUGGUCUCUUUGGGUUUCUGAGGCAUUACAUAAUGUUCUAUAUUACUGUAAUAAAGACUUUCCCAUCAUGAGCUAUCCUAAUGGUAGAAUUGGGAAUAAACAUCUUCAAGGCAAGA